AUGCAGCAACGCCAAAUCAUAUUCAUUUGCCACAGAUUGGGUGUCAUGCUGCUGAAAAAGGCGCUCUGCGCUGCACGCCGCUCGAGCAAUGUUGUGAAUGAGGUGACUGCCGGAAUCAUAUUCCUCGGAACUCCCCACCUACAGUUGGUUGAUGAUUCACGGUGGGACAACUGGAAAUGGAUACUUAAGAUUUUUUGCAGAGAUCUGCCCAAGGAAUGUCUCACCAGCAGUGACAUUGUAAACCACUCGGAAACCUGUCGAUCCUUCACUCUACUCAAUCCUCAAUUUCCAAUUCUAUCUGUCUAUGACGUGAAGGAAAUUAAUCUCACGAGUGGGAGCAACAGCAAGACUUUGGUUGACAAGUCUCACGCUACUACACGAGGGGAUAACGAGGAACUCUUUGAAGCCGAAUCCACCGAUCAAGACCUUUGCCUAGUAGUUUCGGACACCGCUCUGAACCACCAGCUUGUCAAAUUCUUUAAAGCAGCCAUGGAGGAUGCUCUGCCUGCGGUAGCAGCACUACAUGUUGGAGAUAGUUCCGCACCGAAAACUAGAAGCAGCUUCGGGUCUGUGGAAGAUGCUAGAGAGCCAGUGAUAUUUACACCCACUUCUUUCUUUCAAAUGAAAUGCACGAAUACCAACGACGGGGAGAUUCGAACUCACUCUGACAGAAGCCCCAAUACCAUAUCUGAAUUCAAUGCCCCCCGUCGGGCAACAAAUGUGCCUCUGCAUAUGCUCAAACACCAACGAAAUCCCCGGUUUGUCGGACAAAAUGAUGCCUUGGGCCAGAUGGACAGGAGCCUACCACCCAGAUCAGACCAAGCGGUGCAAAGGCAGCCACGUAGCUUCGUCCUUUGUGGCCUGGGUGGCAUAGGGAAGAACGAGACCGCGAUUGAGUACACAUUUUCUCGGAAAUCUCAUUUCGAUACGAUAUUCUGGGUUAAUGAGGAUACAACACAGAAAAUUGCAGCAGGAUCUUCCGAGAUUGCACAAAAGUUUGGGCUCGAAGACUCGACUAGCAACAAUGAUCCCGUCGCUACUCGAGAAAUCGUGAACGUAUGGAUGGCGAAUCCGCUCAUUCAACCAUCAGACGAGUGCACGACACCCGUAAGAGAAGCAUUCUGA